AUGGAUUUCAUGACACGUAUCAUUAACGUGUCUUCACAUCAUCAAGAUGAAGAUAUACAGAUAGCACCGCAAAUAACUGUUCCAGAUAUACCAGCUGGUGGUUCAAGCAUGUUAUCUGAUGACGAUAUUUGUAUAAUUGCAAUGGAUGCAUAUCAAAUGUUAGACGCUAAUACAGUCGAGUUACUAAAAUCACAAGCGUUUAAACAUCCAAUCAAGUUUAAUUUAAAGCUAGAAGCUACAUACAAUAUUCCGAAUGUAGAUAAUUCAACAGAGAACCGUUCAUUUAAGACCUCAGCUAGACCAAUUUUUUCCGAAACUGGUGUACGGGAAAUUGUUGAAGAAGAUAGCUUAUUGUACUGUUGUCGACAAGGUAUCGCCGUUAGGGGUCAUCGGGAAGAUGGUAACUCUUUAAAUAAAGGAAAUUUUUUGGAACUUAUGGAAUUAAGAGCUAAAGAUAAUCCUAUUAUUAAACAAUACUUUAUUGAAAAAGAAAAAAGUUUAGUACUUUGGUUAAUGACACAGGACUUGGCUAAGCAUGAGCAAGUGGCCAUAUGUAUCGAUAUGUUUCAAAAGCUAUAUAUUACCCAUGAAGUUUUCUUGGGCUUUUAUCGCACCGAUAAAACUGAUGGUGAAACGUUAGUAAAUCUUAUAAAACAGUUUUUACAAACAAAUAAUUUAAGUAUUCAAAACAUCAGAGGACAGUGUUAUGAUGGUGCCGCAUCUAUGCGCGGUUCAUAUAAAGACCUUUCGAAACAAUCAUCAUUUGUAAGAAAUACAUUUGUAACUCUACAAACUUUAUAUUCAUUUAUGGGUGCAUCAUCAAAGAGAAAUAGUGUUUUUGAAAAAAUAUUAUCAACGAGUUCAAUAAAUGAGUCUCAAAAAACUAAAAUAAAGUCUUUGAGUGAUACAAGGUGGAACUGUCGCAUUGAAGCAAUCAAAUCAGUUAUUAAUACUUUGCCUGUUAUUGUUCAAACACUACAAAAUAUUUCUGAUAAUGAUGUGAAUUAUGGAUCAGAAGCAAACAAUUUGUUGAAUUGCAUACUUAAUUUUGAAUUUAUAUUUUGUUUGUUUUUAUUAAAAACUGUGCUUGAACAAACAAACAUACUUUCUAAAUAUUUACAGUCACCAUCAAUAAACUAUGCAUUUGUUAAAGAAAUGUCAAUCAAAACUUAUGACUCAUUGCAAGACUUACGUUCAGAUGAAAGUUUCAAUAAAUGUUGGGAAUCGUCACAAGAUUUGGUAAAAAAUAAUGGAUUUCUACCACCAAAACUUCCUCGUAAUAGAAAGAUUUCCAAUAACAAACUUGGAGGUGGUCAUAUUUUUCCAGAAUUUCAUGAUGAAAAGUCCUAUUACCGGAUCUCCAUUUAUUUUCCAGUUAUGGAUAUUGUCAUGAAAGAAAUCAAAGAUAGAUUUAACGAAAAUGAUCUAUCUAUUUUAAACUCACUGAUGGAAACCCUGACAAAUGAAAGUCCUAGUCAAUCUUCAAUUCAAGAAGUGUGCGAAUUCUAUGGACCAAAUGAAGAUGAUUUAACCGCUGAAUUAAAAAUAUUUAACAAAAUGUUUAAAGGCUAUGGCAAAGUAAAUAACAUUGAAAAUAGAACAUUAUAUUUGAAGAACAAAGAUAUUCAAAAUGGUUUCCCAAUUAUAGUUGAAUUGUUACAAAUUUUUUUAACCAUUCCCACUAGCAGAGUAUCAUGUGAAAGGUCAUUUUCUUGUUUAAAAAAACUAAAAAACUACUCGAGAACUACCAUCGGUCAAGAACGUCUUUCUAACAUGGCUAUAUUAUACAUAGAAAGAGAAAGAAAACCCACAUAA